AUGGCGGAGGCGACGUUACCGCCAGCACCUUUGCCCCCCAAUACGCAGUCGCCGCGGGUGCGAGCCGCUAUGCGGGUAAUGGGCAUUAUCCCAACCGAAUUAGACAAGAAGGAGGAGGAAGACUUCGACGGCAAUCAGAACAAGCACCUACUCUUCGAGAAGAAGCGGCGCACAUUGAUCGGACAUGUGUCAAUGCUAGCUGCACGAGGACCUCAGGGCGGCGACACCCAUGAUUUGGGAAGGUCUGCAGGUGACUUAAACGCCGCCUUCCUGGAGGAGGUCUUGCGGAAGGAAAAAGAAAGCAUGGAGGUCAUGGCCAGAAUGGCGAAGAAAGACAUUCAGAAGACCGUGAUAAAGGAGCUUGAGAGCCGAAUGGAGUUCGAAAAGGGCAAGAAGAAACAAGAGGAGAAUCUGAAGCGGAUGAAAGAGUUAAAGAAAGAAAGGGAUGACAAGCUAAAAGCAGUCCAGAAGGAGGCACAAAAAAGACGGGAAAAAUCCAAAGAGGCACGGGACCGUGCUGAUCGGCAGCUGCAAGCACACUGUGAAGAGCUUCGGCAACAGCUGAAGGAGGCUGAUGAACGGGUGGCGAAGUGCCUAGCCGACAUCCGGCAGGCACAUGACGAUUCCAUCGAGUCCAAGCAGGUGAAGGGCAUCGAAGCACGCAGGCAGAAGGCUUCCUUCGAAGACAUGAUGUUGCGCAAGCGCGAGGAGAUGCAUGAUGAGAUCGAGGAGAAACACCUCAGGAAGCGCCAGCUGCUCGAAGAGCUGCUGGGCCAGAGGGACUCCAACAAGGAGGCGAUGCUCCAAAAGGAGACGCAGUGCCGGCAGCGAGUCGCGGAGUACCUUACGCAGCAGCAGGCAGAAAAUGAGAAGAAGUACGGGGAGGCUCUGGAACGACACAGCAAGGCGGAAGAGUUCCGGAAUGACAGGCUAAAAGACAGACUGAAGGACUUCAAGACAACGAACAGCAAGAAGCGGCAGGCAUUUGUGUCUAGGUAUGAAAGGCUGCUUGCUGAGAAGGAGAAAGAACAUGAAGAGUUCAGAAGAAACUGGGAGUCCAGGAGCUUGCAACGUUCUGCCUCAGAAACGCUGCGACGAAAGGAGCGGCCAGAGUUACUCAGAGCUCGGGAGGGUGCGGAGCAUUUUGCCGCUUUGGCUGCAGAAAACCGGGAGCGCCUGCGGCGGGCCAACGCCUACGCCGUUGACCAGCAGAUCGAGAAGUUGUUGGCCAUCCGCCAGCGAGCUCAGGUCCUUGAGGAUAGCAAGGCUGAUGCCGACCGGCGGCGAAUGGUUGUUCUCCGGAACACUGCUGUCACGAAGCAUGAGUUGCAGCAUAAGGUGGACCGCUUCAAGGAUGUAGGAGUGGACAAGAUGCUGAAGCUCUUGGAGGACGUCGAAAUUGAGCCCGAGGCCGCGAAGAGGAUCAAUGAAAUCCUCUCAGAACUCCAACUGCCACCACUGGGCUGGCGACUAAGAGAACUUCGACACUGCGGACAGCAAGAGAUUUGGCUCGAGUGA